CUAAUGUGGCCUCUGAGUCAGCACCUUGUAGCUAGUCGGCCCGAGCAAGCCAGUGAGUCGAGUAUAGUUUGUCAAAGACAGCCUUUGCGUGGGACUACACACUCGUGAACUUCCCUAAAGAGCCCUGGGUGACUGCUACUGGACCUAAACACAGCCGUGAUGUCGACGUACAAAGGCAGCGCUCCACCUGACUUUGCUCAGAGGCUAGCACAAAGCAAGCAACUCAUCCCUAAGAAACACCCCAUCACCAAUGACUAUACCAUCCUGACCAAGACCCUGGGUGUGGGGGUGAAUGGGAAGGUGCUUGAGUGCAUACACAAGGCAUCCGGGGACAGGAGAGCUCUCAAGAUUCUCCGAGAUGUGCCCAAGUCGCGUCGUGAGCUGGACCUCCAUUGGCGUACUUGUUCCCACGCUAACAUUGUCAACUUGAAGGACGUGUACGAGAACAUCUUUAUGGGUCAUCGUAGUCUCCUCGUUGUCAUGGAGUGUAUGGAGGGUGGAGAACUGUUUGACCGGAUCCAAAGGAACGGACACUUCACAGAGAGAGGUGCUGCUGAGAUUGUUCGGUACAUCAGUCUGGCGGUAGCUCACCUUCACCACAUGAACAUUGCCCACAGAGAUCUCAAGCCUGAGAACCUUCUGUUCACUGACAACACUCCGGGUGCUCUCCUCAAGCUAACAGACUUUGGUUUUGCCAAGGAGGUCAAGGGAACACUCCAGACUCCAUGCUACACCCCCUACUAUGUUGCUCCUGAAGUCCUGGGCCCUGAGGCAUAUGACACGUCAUGUGACCUGUGGUCUAUAGGAGUCAUCACAUACAUUCUGCUGUGUGGGUUCCCCCCGUUCUACAGUGCUGGUGGAGCUCCCAUCUCCCCCGGCAUGAAGAAGAGGAUACGACAAGGACAGUACACCUUCCCGGACCCAGAGUGGACCAACGUCUCUAAAGAGGCCAAGGAGCUUAUCAAGGGUCUCCUGAAGACCAACCCAGGGGAGCGGUUCAAGAUUGAUGAUGUACUCAAGCAUCGCUGGAUCGCUUGCUACCAGAAGGUCCCAGAGACACCGCUGGCCUCCUGUCAGAUCUUGCUAGACGAGGCAGAAGUCUGGCCAGAUGUGCAGGAGGAGAUGUCCCACGCCCUGGCUACCAUGAGAGUGGCCGAGGACCCCACUAAGAUCAAGACCAUCUCAGAGUCUAAGAACCCGCUCUUGGCAAGAAGAGCCAAAAAGAAGGCCAAGGCCACAAAAUAACUUUAUAACUGAGUGAUGGGUAUAAUAGCUAGUAAAAUAUUAGAAUGUGCUUGUUUUUGUUUUGUUAAGACCGUAUAAUUUUUAUCUAUUUUUUUAGAGUUUAUUGCAAAUUAAUUUUGUGCUCUCUCAAUAAUAUACUUCGAAAAAUGCAAUAUUAUUGACAAUAAUUAUAAA